UCCUCACAAACAAGGAAGACUAAACAUGGCCGACGAGGAUAUUUGUGUUAAAAAUCCUUUGUUUUAUUCACAUAUCAGGGAAUCUCUUUUUGAUUAAAUUGGAUAUCAACCCAGUUGAUAAUAGUCGUCCUAGCUGAAUAGUUGUCAGCCUAAACUUGAAUAAAUAUGGGUGCUAAACAAAGCACGGGAACAGGAUCUCCCAGGGUUCGGACAUAUUCUAGCUCGGGGUCACAAAAUGGGGCUGGUCCCCAUAUGUCAGGUGCAAGCAGCCGGGCCAGAGCUAGAAGUUUGGGCAGUUAUACAAAUCCACCUCCCGGACUACACAUACCUGUAAGCAAUGGGUCAGGCCCUGGGGCUGUGGGAGGUAGCCCAGAUUCUGACUCGAGCCCAGAUGAAUCAGCAGGUGUGCCACAUCCUCAGCUUCAACUUCAAGGACUGAGAAACAUUACACAUUCACUUCCACUUCAUCUGUUUGCUCUACAUGGUAUAAAAUGUCCAGUUUGCUCCAAAUUUAUCCCUCCUGAUGACAUAGAGUGCCAUCUGGUGGUGUGUCUUACAAAACCAAGAAUUACAUAUAAUGAGGAUGUAUUAACAGAAAACAAAGGGGAAUGUGUAAUAUGCUUUGAAGAAUUAGAUCAGGGAGAUACUAUAGCAAGAUUACCAUGUCUCUGUAUUUACCAUAAAGGUUGCAUUGAUAAAUGGUUUGAAAAGAACAGGUCCUGCCCGGAACAUCCAAACGACUAGCGAUAGCCUGCACGUCGGCCAGCCGGACAAUGCAAACUCAUUUGUGAUAGAGACACAAACAAGGACUCUGGUCUUGACUGCUGUAUAUGUUCCUUGGAAGGUGUAAUAUUUACAACAGUUCUGAACCGAGUCAACAAGACUUUGUGCAGAAUGUGAUAUAAUCUAUUUUUCAUUUCAUCGUUUAGUCAAAGUUGCAUUUAAAGUUGCAAACUUUGUAAAUAGUCAUAUUUAUUGAAAAAUGCCUUUUAGUGUUUUGAGUUUAAAUCUCAUGUGCUGUGUGCAAAGUUGUAUCGUGAUAUCAACAUUUAUAAAAGGUAUUAUGGAGGAAGGAUGCUGGUAACAUGUGAUGACGAUGUAGAAAAAAAUGAAUGUGAAAGGUAUGGGCAUGAAAUGUGAAAGCCUUCAAAUAUAAACAUGAAAUGUGAAAGAAAAAGGAAAAUGUUUGGUGAUAUGUUAACCUUUCUAAAAGGUUGGAUGAUGUGAAAUGUGAUAAAAAUGUGAAAAAAUGGGAAAUAGUAAUGAUGUGAUAAAAUGUGAAUAGAAAUGGAUAGAUAUAGAAGAUAGGAUUAGUAGUAAGAUUGCGUCAAAAAAUGUGAAAAGAAUGAGAACAAAAAAUACAGAAGAAUCUAAAAUUCAGAGAAAAAAAAGAAAAUACAUCAGAAAGAAAUAUCAAACUAAAUUGGAAGGUGGAAAAAAUAUGAAUGAAAACUUAAGAAGUAAGUAAUUAAAAGAAAAACAUACAAUAAAAGAUCUGAGUCUUGUAUUGAAUACAGAGUACAGUGGCAUGUACAAUGGAGGAAUGAAAAUAACUAAGUUAAUAGUGAAAUGAAAGCUAUUUCUUCUCUUUGUCUUUCUAAGUGUUCUGUGGUGGAAUAUAGUAAGAGUGCUUUAACAAUGACAGGAUCAGAGCAAUGACAGGAUCAGAGCAAUGACAGGAUCAGAACAAUGACAGGAUCAGAGCAAUGACAGGAUCAGAGCAAUGACAGGAUCAGAGCAAUGACAGGAUCAGAACAAUGACAGGAUCAGAGCAAUGACAGGAUCAGAGCAAUGACAGGAUCAGAGCAAUGACAGGAUCAGAGCAAUGACAGGAUCAGAGCAAUGACAGGAUCAGAGCAAUGACAGGAUCAGAGCAAUGACAGGAUCAGAGCAAUGACAGGAUCAGAGCAAUGAGGAUCAGGAUCAGAGCAAUGACAGGAUCAGAGCAAUGACAGGAUCAGAGUUGAUACUGGUCCUUAUCUCUACAAAUUACUUUCACUUUAAGGCAUUGAUAGAAAACUUUUAACUUACUUUGAUGUGCCAAGAGUUUGAUAAUACUGGGGGGAAAAAGGUGUUUUACAUUACAGUGUGACAUUUCGAAAUUAUUUCGCCACAGUUCAUUAUUUUUAACAUUUGACCACAAUGGCGUUUCAGCGAGUCUUGAAUACUUAUCGGCUUGUAUAAAAAUAGUUCAAGCUUAAAUGUCUGUGAUAAAGUUCUGGGUGUAGAAUUAUAAACCUUUGACCAGUCUCAAAACCCUGGCAUCUGAUUGGUUAGCACAGAUUUGAAAUUGACCAAUGGCAAGACUGUAUUCUGGGAUUGAUCUCAAACCUGGCUUAUAAACUUGGAUCCUAAUAUAUGGUUCUAAUAGUAAAGGCAUGAAAAUUUUGUUCUGUAUAUGUAUAUAAAACUAAAAUAAAUAAUAAAUAAUAGAUAGUAAUUAUAAAUUUUGUUACCUCAGCGAAAACUGUUAUAUCUGCUACUUUAUAUAAAUACAGUUAAAAUAGUUUCAUGCUGAGUGGGACAUUAAAUAUAGAUACAGAUUGCAAUAUAUUGUUGGCACAGUAUUGUGAAGAAAUUUUUUAAAAAAUUUGUUCAGUGGUCGUGGGGGUGUAAAAUAUUGUAGUUUUGUGUGAUAUUCUUUGGGAAAAUGAAUUCCUGGAAUCCUGGAUUUCAUAUUUUAAAGAUCAAAUUAAUAGGAAUUUUAUAUUUUGUUUGGAUUUUAUUUGACUGACUGAUGUAACUUCUAAAUUCACAAACACACUCACAAAGGUUUUUCUCCUAAAUCAAUGAUAAUAUCACAGUAUUUAGGUUGUUCUGCUUGUUUGAUAAACUGGAAAAAAUAGUAACCUUAUUUAUCACGAUAUACAUAGAAUAAAGCCGUGAAACGGAAUUUAUUUUUUGAAUUAAUGGCAACCUGUGAGUGUAUUUAUUAAAACGGCAAUGUGUCUAUCUUUCUAAAGAUAAAAUAUGAUAUUAAAAAGUUUGACACAUAGAUAAUUCCAAAUAAUGUCAUAAAAUCUGCUUGAAAUAUGCAUAUCUUUUAAACCAAUGGCAAAUACAUCAAAAACAAGCACACACUUCAUUUCACCAUAUUAUAGGCCGUAUGCCUAUUGAUCACUUUGAGAAAUUUCAUAACAGUCUACAUUGUUCCAGAAAUGUCAUCAAAGUUUUUUCCAUAGACUCAUAUUUAUAUGAAAGCUUGUGCAAGGUAAAAAUAUAUCAAAUAAGUCAAGCAAAAAAGUCAAGUACACAACACUAUCUUCUAUAUUUGCUGAAAUCUCUAAAUUUAUUCUGAAGUUUUGAAAAAGCAAAUCAAAUUCUGCAUUGUAGAAAAAGUUUGAAUGACCUUAACCCUUAUCAUGCUGGACAUGAUUGAUUCUGCCUUUGCAACCAGUACAGAUCAUGAUUAGCCUGCACAUCCGUGCAGUCUGAUCAAGAUCUACACUGUUCGCCAAUCAGUCAGUAUCUUUUUAGUAUGCACCCCUUUGAACAGUUAAUAGUACUGUCCAAAUUGAAAGAUGGACAAGUUCAUUAUAGAAAUUUAGCAGGGUAAGGGUUAAGGAACAUAUCCAUGAACAGUAACAAGAAAAAAAUGGUACAUCUAUGUUUGAGCUGGUGUAUCUAUCUUAUCUGGAAUAUGAUAACUGAGUUACAAUGCAAGUUGAAAAAUUGAGUAUUUAUAUAGAGUAGUGAUUUAACUGCUGUAUUUUAAAUUUAGGUAUUACUUAUAGGGUGGGCAUUAUGGCAAGAAAUCGAAGUCAUUUAAGUUCAGGAUUAAUCUCUAUACCCAAGUAAUACUACAACCUAAAUGCACUGAAAGUGACUUGAAUUCAAGUUAGUGCAGAAGGUAGUUUGAGUAUUAUUUUCAUUUCUUACGAAAUUUUCAGCUCACCCAAGCAUGAAGUGUACAUUGUAAUGUAUGAUGUACAUUUUGUGUACUUUUUUCAAAACUUUCAAAAUAAUUCCGAUUUUUUUCUAACAAUCUAUUUGAAGGGUCACUUUCCAUGGAAAAUUUCAGUUAGUUUUUAGCUCACCUGUCACAUAGUGACAAGGUGAGCUUUUGUGAUCACAAGAUCUUCAUGAAAAUUGGUCAGAAUGUUUACCUUGAUGAUAUCUAGGUCAAGUUCGCAACUGGGUCACGUGCCGUCAAAAACUAGGUCAGUAGGUCUAAAAAUAGAAAAACCUUGUGACCUCUCUAGAGGCCAUAUAUUUCACAUGAUCUUCAUGAAAAUUAGUCAGAACGUUCAUCUUGAUGAUAUCUAGGUCAAGUUCGAAACUGGGUCACGUGCCUUCAAAAACUAUGUCAGUAGGUCAAAUAAUAGAAAAACCUUGUGACCUCUAUAAAGGCCAUAUUUUUCAUGGGAUCUGUAUGAAAGUUGGUCUGAAUGUUCAUCUUGAUGAUAUCUAGGUCAAGUUCGAAAUUGGGUCAACUGCGGUCAAAAACUAGGUCAGUAGGUCUAAAAAUAGAAAAACCUUGUGACCUCUCUAGAGGCCAUAUAUUUCAUGAGAUCUUCAUGAAAAUUGGUCAGAAUGUUCAACUUGAUGAUAUCUAGGUCAAGUUCAAAAGUGGGUCAUGUGCCAUCAAAAACUAGAUCAGUAGGUCAAAUAAUAGAAAAACCUUGUGACCUCUCUAGAGGCCAUAUUUUUCAUCGGAUCUGUAUGAAAGUUGGUCUGAAUGUUCAUCUUGAUGAUAUCUAGGUCAAGUUCGAAAGUGGGUCACGUGCCGUCAAAAACUAGGUCAGUAGGUCAAAUUAUAGAAAAACCUUGUGACCUCUCUAAAGGCCAUAUUUUUCAUGGGAUCUGUAUGAAAAUUGGUCUGAAUGUUCGUCUUGAUGAUAUCUAGAUCAAGUUUGAAACAGGGUCAUGUGGGGUCAAAAACUAGGUCAGUAGGUCUAAAAAUAGAAAAACCUUGUGACCUCUCUAGAGGCCAUACUUGUGAAUAGAUCUCCAUAAAAAUUGGUCAGAAUGUUCACCUUGAUGAUAUCUAGGUCAAGUUCAAAACUGGGUCACGUGCCAUAAAAAACUAGGUCAGUAGAUCAAAUAAUAAAAAAACCUUGUGACCUCUCUAGAGGCCAUACUUUUCAUGGGAUCUGUAUGAAAGUUGGUCUAAAUGUUCAUCUUGAUGAUAUCUAGGUUAAGUUUGAAACUGGGUCUGUGGUAAAAAACUAGGUCAGUAGGUCUAAAAUUAUUAAAUUUCUUUUGACCUCUCUAGAGGCAAUAUUUUUCAAUUGAUCUUCAUGAAAAUUGAUCUGAAUGUUCACCUUGAUGAUAUCUAGGUCAAUUUCAAAACUGGGUCAUGUGCGGUCAAAAACUAGGCCAGUAGGUAUAAAAAUAGAAAAACCUUGUGACCUCACUAGAGGCCAUAUUUUUCAUGAGAUCUUCAUGAAAAUUAGUGAGAAUGUUCACCUUGAUGAUAUCUAGAUAAAGUUCAAAACAGGGUCACGUACCUUCGAAAACUAGGUCAAUAGGUCAAAUAAUAGAAAAACCUAGUGACCUCUCUAGAGACCAUAUUUUUCAAUGGAUCUUCAUGAAAUUUGGUCAGAAUUUUUAUCUUGAUAAUAUCUAGGUCAAGUUCAAAACUGGGUCACAUGAGCUCAAAAACUAGGUCACUAUUUCAAAUAAUAGAAAAAACGACGUCAUACUCAAAACAGGGUCAUGUGGGAAGAGGUGAGUGAUUCAGGACCAUCAUGGUCCUCUUGUUGUGUUUUUGUCAUGACAUUAUAAAAAAUUUCAGUAUAAAUUUUCAUUUAUUGUUGAAUUUAGAAUAUUUCAAUAAAACAAAAUCAUUUGGCUAUAGAAACAAACUGAUUCUGUAAUUGAUAUUUUUAUAUUUCAAACAGUUUCUGUCAACACUUUCGGAGUUUUUCAGGAAUUUUCAAAAAUACAGAAUUAGUAAAUCAGAUAGUAAAAGAUAUAAAUCCGGAAAUAUUUUAUCAGCAUGCAAGAUUUAGAUAUUUAUGCAUCACCUGUUCCAAGAAAUUUAGUUAUUUUCCUGUUCAUACUUUUGUAAAUAAAGUUCAAGUUCUGUAUUUUUCACUGUAUUUUCAAAGUUCAUUGUUAGACUGUUGUCAUUCUUACUAAAGUGGCAAUUUUGUUUUCCUUUAAAGUUCAUGUUCCUGUUUUAUAAAUUGUAAUAGAUGCAAGUUUAAUAGUGGAAAUCACUGCUGUUUUUUUUUGUUGUUGUUGUUGACCAAAUUGGUAUGAAACCAAGGACCUAGAAAGAAGGUGCACCUUGGAAUUUUUGGGAUAUGACUUGUGUGCUGGUAGAAUUGCAGAAAUUUAAUGACAGAUCAACUGAUACCUUGACAGAAAAUAAUUGAAUGAAUUGAUUUUAAAUAAUAACUCGAUAAUGGCUCAAUGUAGACAUAAACUCAUACCUUGACAGAUAGUAAUUGAAUGAAUGACUUGAAAUAAUAACUCGACAGGGGCUUCAUGUAAGGUCAUACUGAAACUUAGCACAUUGUUUUUAAAAAAAAACUGAGAUUUGUCAUUUAUAUGAAGUGUGAUAAAGAUAGCCAAAGCAAUAACAGAACAUAUUUAAUAGUGACUUGGUUGAUGUUUAGGGUUAUAUUUGAUGGUGCCAGAAUUUUGCAGUUAUCGCCCCUUGAUAAAUCAACCUGGCAGCUUUUUAGGGUCAGAUUAUUGUAUCUUUGUAGAAGUACCGGUAUAUUAUAUGUCAUCAAAAUGUACGAAUUCUUUAGUAAGCUCAUAGGUAUGGCACAUGACUUAAAAUUUAAUAAUAGGAAGUGUAAGGUUUAAUCUAGCAUCUGUGCUGAUGGACUGUAAACAUGUGUGCAGGACUUGGUCCUCCACUGCAUACAGGGAUUGUGUUUUUUUUUUUACAGAUUACAUGCUUAUGUUAAUAAAUCCAGAAACACUGGCUAAACACUGGCUAGGUUAACUGAUAUUCCCUUGAAAAAUAUUUGUGACAUUGAGGUUUUCAUGUGUAUUUUAUUUCAUGAUUUCAUGAAAAACAACUAAACAUAAAAGGAGAAUUUUAUUUUUACCGCCGAGUUUUCUGUAUACAGAAAUGACCCUCAAAAUGAUGAUAAAGGGAGAUGAACUUUCAAAAUUUUGUAAAUGUUUGAAAAAUGCCUGUGCAGUUGUUGAUCUGUUUCUGCUGUAUUCCGUGAUAUAUAUAUAUAUAUAUAUAUAUAUAUAUAUAUAUAUAUAUAUAUAUAUAUGUGUGUGUGUGGUCAUAUUUAUUAGUUUGUACCUAAAUAUUUUCGUACAAGAACAUGAACACUAUUUUUAAUUGGAGUAUAUUGUGCUAGAAGUUUUGAUUCUGUAUCUUCUCAUUUGCCGGUUUGAAGUAUAUUGCAUUGGGUAUGUCUGUAAGCAUGAUGCUAAGACAGACUGGUUACUAUUUCUGUAAAAGUUUUAGUUUAUUCAUGAGGUAAUCUAUAGGUAAACAGUAAACAGCAUUUAUGCAAGUACAUUGUUCUUUGGGUCUGAAAGAUGUUGCGCAAGAAGUCUGAGAGGGUACAAAGAAAGUACAAGUUUGCAUACUGGAACUGCUCUGAUACAUUACAAUGAACACAUUUGUUUUCGGUCUCCUUCAUGAGAAUUCUAUCUCUAAUUGAUGCUUGAUUAUUCCAAACGUUUUUUACACGUAUAUUUCUUUUGUGGUUUAUAGGAACCAUCUUCCAGUCAUUGAUAUGGUAUGUUGCACAGUCCUGUGGUCUGUGGCACACACUUCUUCCACAUCUUAAAAGAGAUUUCAAUGAAGCUUCAUACACAUGUCCACCAGAGUGUAUUGAUAUGCGUUACUUAUUCGUUUUAGAGCAGGUCCAAGCGUAGGGGUGGUAAAAGUCUAGAACUUAGACAAAAUAUAUACUCAAACAAAGUGGUAUUAGGUGAGGUAUUAACUACUUUCAGUGAUAGCUCUAGUUUGAAAUGUUGUUAGAUAAAUAUGCCUUUCAUAAGUUGAACUGUAUUGUUCAAAGACACGGGAGCUUUGGAAAGGGGAAAAUUUCAAUACAGACUGCAUUUUAAUUGUUUAUUAUUGUAAUCCAUUACAAAAUUAAACAUACUGUUGUCAUGUCACAUGUCUAAAUCACAAAUAUCUCAUUGUUAUAACUGGCAAAAAGUCUGUAAAAAGUGUUGUUUGUGAAAUUGUUCCAUAAUAUAUUGUGCUUAGUGUCACUUGGAAUUGUUGGUCUGUCUGCAACUACGAUAAUAUGUAAUUGAUCAAUUAAUUUUCAGGAAUUUCUUUUUAGCUCACCUGUCACAAAGUGACAAGGUGAGCUUUUGUGAUCGCGUGGCGUCCGUCGUCCGUGCGUGCGUGCGUGCGUGCGUAAACUUUUGCUUGUGACCACUCUAGAGGUCACAUUUUUCAUGGGAUCUUUAUGAAAGUUGGUCAGAAUGUUCAUCUUGAUGAUAUCUAGGUCAAGUUCGAAACUGGGUCACGUGCGGUCAAAGACUAGGUCAGUAGGUCUAAAAAUAGAAAAACCUUGUGACCUCUCUAGAGGCCAUAUUUUUCAUGAGAUCUUCAUGAAAAUUGGUCAGAAUGUUCACCUUGAUGAUAUCUAGGUCAAGUUCGAAACUGGGUCACGUGGGGUCAAAAACUAGGUCAGUAGGUCUAAAAAUAGAAAAACCUUGUGACCUCUCUAAAGGCCAUAUUUCUCAAUGGAUCUUCAUGAAAAUUAGUCAGAAUGUUCACCUUGAUGAUAUCUAGGUCAGGUUCGAAACUGGGUCACGUGCGAUCAAAAACUAGGUCAGUAGGUCUAAAAAUAGAAAAACCUUGUGACCUCUCUAGAGGCCAUAUUUCUCAAUGGAUCUUCAUGAAAACUGGUCAGAAUGUUCACCUUGAUGAUAUCUAGGUCAAGUUCGAAACUGGGUCAUGUGGGGUCAAAAACUAGGUCAGUAGGUCUAAAAAUAGAAAAACCUUGUGAUCUCUUUAGAGGCUAUAUUUCUCAAUGGAUCUUCAUGAAAAUUGGUCAGAAUGUUCACCUUGAUGAUAUCUAGGUCAAGUUCGAAACUGGGUCACGUGCGGUCAAAAACUAGGUCAGUAGGUCUAAAAAUAGAAAAACUUUCUGACCUCUCUAGCAGUGUACGAAAUUCAGAUUUGAAUCCAAUAGCCCGUUCGGGCUACCAGAUUAAAAAAUUUCCAAGCCCGACACCAAUUUCACUAGCCCGAACUUUAACACCUUAAAAUACAUAAUUUUUGCAUCAUAUAACAUUUUGUUUUACAGACAUCUCUAUGCAUGUUUGAAGUAAUAAAAAAGACAUACAGCCAGUAUAUGUUUGCCAUGUUUUUGAAAAAUUUAACUCGAAAUACUCCAGUCCAGAUGAGCAUCGUCGGAGUCCAAAAGCAUCGGACAUGACACUCCUUGCCAAAACGAAAUCUAAACUGUUAUGCCCGACUUUUUAGGACCCGCACUCGCCAAUUACUGCAACUCGAACUGUUGACAAUUUUAAAGAUGUAAUACCGAGUGCUGAAUACACAUUACACACACGCUGAUAGCAUAAUUUAAGCUCCACCUACUGCAGGUACUUGUGAGAUUUUCGCGAGAAGUGUGAAAGCUAAUCAAAUUAUCCGUUAUGCUAGAGAUGAUUGUAUUCAACCAAUUAGCGCUGCGGUUACGUCUUUGACACUGUGUUUGAUUGUCAACACGUAAGAGUGCAAAAACCAAUAAUUCCAUAAGCGUUUCUCAGUCUGGAAAAUCACGAUGCAGUACUCGUUUAAUUAGCAUGUUUUUUUUUAAACAAAUGAGAAAAAUUCGGUAGCCCAGUCGGGCUUGUACCUGUGGAAAAUCGGUAGCCCGAGCUGAAAUUUGGUAGCCACGGGCUGUCGGACUACCGUGAAUUUCGAACACUGCUCUAGAGGCCAUAUUUCUCAAUGGAUCUUCAUGAAAAUUGGUUAGAAUGUUCACCUUGAUGAUAUCUAGGUAAGGUUUGAAACUGGGUUACUUGCGAUCAAAAACUAGGUCAGUAGGUCGAAAAAUAGAAAAACCUUGUGACGUCUCUAGAGGCCAUGUUUCUCAAUGGAUCUUCAUGAAAAUUGAUCAGAAUGUUCCUCUUGAUGAUAUCUAGGCCAAGUUCGAAACUGGGUCACGUGCGGUCAAAAACUAGGUCAGUAGGUCGAAAAAUAGAAAAACCUUGUGACCUCUCUAGAGGCCAUAUUUUUCAUGAGAUCUUCAUGAAAAUUGGUGAGAAUGUUCACCUUGAUGAUAUCUAGGUCAGAUUCAGAAGUGGGUCACGUGCCUUCAAAAACUAGGUCAUUAGGUCAAAUAAUAGAAAAACCUUGUGACCUCUCUAGAGGUCAUAUUUUUCAAUGGAUCUUCAUGAAAAUUGGUCAGAAUUUUUUAUCUUGAUGAUAUCUAGGUCACAUGUGCUCAAAAACAAGGUCACUAUGUCAAAUAAUAGAAAUAACGACGUCGUACUCAGUUCAACACUGGGUCAUGUGGGGAUAGGUGAGCGAUUCAGGACCAUCAUGGUCCUCUUGUUUAAUUUCACAAGACUAUCACUACUUAUAACCAAAUAGCACUUCUGCGAAUAUUUAUUUUCACAACUACAUGUAAAUAUAGCAAAAAAUAAAUCGUGUGCAAAAACUUGUGAUUUUAUAGUAAGUGGCGUUCAGAGGUGGUAAUAGGAACUUUUUGGGCUUGGAAAAUGUCUUCUUUAACUGUGUGGGUUAAUGAUAAUUUUUAUCGUUAUACCUUAGGGUAGACCCAAGUUUUCCUUCCACGGGUCAGUGAUAUUUAAAAAUGUAAAAAGUUCCUAUAGGAGAGAUCGUGUUUGUAUACAAAUCCAUUGUAUUUUUAGCUCGACUAUUCAUAGAAUAGUAGAGCUAUUGGACUCGCCCAUGCGUCGGCGUCCGCAUCUGCGUCCGUGUCCCGAUUUGGUUAAGUUUUUGUAUGUAAGCUGGUAUCUCAGCAACCAUUUGUGGAAAUGGAUUGAAACUUCACACACUUAUUCACUAUGAUAAUCUGACUUACAUUGCACAGGUUCCGUAACUCUAUUUUGCUUUUUUACAAAAUUAUGCCCCUUUUUUGACUUAGAAUUUUUUGGUUAAGGUUUUGUAUGUAAGCUAGUAUCUCAGUAACUACUUGUGGGAAUGGAUUUAAACUUCACACACUUAUUUACUGUGAUAAACUGACUUACAUUGCACAGGUUCCAUAACUCUAUUUUGCUUUUUUACAAAAUUAUGCCCCUUUUUCGACUUAGAAUUUUUUGGUUAAGGUUUUGUAUGUAAGCUGGUAUCUCAGUACUCCAUUAUUGGAAUGGAUUGAAAUUUCACACACUUGUUCACUGUCAAGAUCUGACAUGCACAAAGCAGGUCCCAUAACUUUAUUUUGCUUUUUUACAAAAUUAUGCCCCUUUUUCAACAUAGAAAUUUUUGGCUAAGUUUUUGUAUGUAAGCUGGUAUCUCAGUAUCCACUAGUGGGAAAGGAUUGAAACUGAACACACUUGUUUACUGUCAUGAUAUGACAUGCAGUGCAAAGGGUCAAUAACUCGACUUCGCAUUUUACAAAAUUAUGCCCCUUUUACAACUAAGGAGUUUUGGGUUAAAUUCUUAUAUGUAAGCUGGUAUCUUAGUACCCACUAAUGGGAAUGGAUUGAAACUUCACACACUUGUCCACUGUCAUGAGCUGAUAAGCACUAUGCAGGUUCCAUAACCCUAUUUUGCUUUUUUAGUAAAUUAUUUUUUUUUUCGACUUUCGUAUUCAUUCAAUCGACAAGGCUGUUGAAUAGUCGAGCGUUGCUGUCCUCCGACAGCUCUUGUCUAAUUUUAGAACUGAUAAGACAUUGAUUGGGUGGGCAGACGCUAAACGUCCAUAUUUUUUUGUAAAAUGAUGUUUUUCUAAUGGCCUGAACUUUCUUAAAACACAAAUUAUAUCAAUAAUUUUUUCAUCAAUGGAAAGUUUAUUAAAUAGGCAAUUUAUUGAUUACUUCUAACUACUAUUUCAAAAUAAAAUGGAUUAUGAACGCUUAAAUUACAGUGUUUUUCUAAAAGUUUUGAACAUAACUACGUCACUAUUAAAAUUAUAUGUCAUUUAAAAUGGUUAUUCAUUUAAAAGAGAUAUUUGAAUAUGAAAAUUUUAAGCAUUUCAAAACGUUUUAAAUUCUGAAAAUCAAUAAAUGAGCGAAAAGGUUAUUAAAAAUUUAAAAUUCCGAUCCCAUACACAAACGAUGUAAAAACAUUGUUUUGCCCACCACCAGAUAAACAGAUGUAAAUGCGUGACAUCACGGCGAUCUUUCCUAUUACCACCCUUUAGAAUGAUGAAUAAUAAUAACAAUUAAGUACAAUUUGCACACAGGAAUUUGCUUGGAGCCAUGAUUUUGUUUUUCAGGAUUCCUAAUCAAUACAACAAGGCCUACCAGUCUGGCUUACAGCAUUGAACAUCCUUAAAAUAACCAAGAACCACUUGUAAUAGCAGUCAUGGGGAUAAUGAAGAAGUCUGUGUAAUUGACAGGAUUGAGAACAGUUUUAUUGUAAUCUAAAUUUAGAAAGAUGUUUGUGUCAGUUUAAAUAUAGAAUAAUGUUUCACAGUAGGUAAAGAACAAGAAUCUCAAGGGAGGUAACCCACAUAUGCAGACUUGCAUGGUCCGCUUCUAUUGCUGCAGUGCAACUACUUUUAUGGUUGAGUUUUGAACUAUUCCAUUGAUUUAUUUGACUGGUUUUAUUUUGCAUCUCAAAUGAAGUGGGUAAUGAAAGUAUUGUUUGAAUUUUAGAAGCAGUUUCUUUGAUAAGUUUUUAUUUGGCAAAAAUGGGAAAUGCUGUGUUUUACCAGUUGUAUGUAGAGAAUAACAACAGUAGUUCACGUAAGAAAUGUAUUUAACCAACAAAGUAUAUAUUGAUUGGGUGCAUCUUGUGCAGUUUUGUAGCCCAUAAAACCACCAUCUUUCACUAAAACAAUUCUAUGUUACAAAAAUUGUAUUCUGGGUAUUAUAUGUUCUUGUUUUACCAGGAUCUUUAUUCUUGAAAAAUGGUUUGUUAAAAAUUCAAAGGCUGAAAUUUAACAUCAGUUUCGCAGAACCAUGUUUUAAUAUAUUUAAACACAACAAAGAAGUUUUAAGUCUGUAGAAAAAAUACACUGCUGAUAUCCGAUUAGGAGUGUUUAAAUUGGAUUAAAAUGGUUCCGCUAUGUAUUAUUUUGUUUCUAAUAUGUCAUUAUUUUUUUUUAAAAAGUAGAUGAAAUAGGGAAGCACUAUUUCUUGGUGCAUUUAUGGCAAUGUGUACUGUGUUUUAAUUGAUUUUAAAACAUGUUGAAGAAGUUACAUGUCCCAUAGAAUAAUUCAGGAAUGUGUAGAAGUCUAGUGCAUAAUAAUCCAGAGUGUGUGAUAUAAGUGUAAUACUGGUCUGUUGUAUCAAUACAGUUCUGAAAUGUCCUUUUUAGCUCGACUUUUCGAAGAAAAAAUAGAGCUAUUGCACUCGCCCCAGUGUCGGCGUCGGUGUUGGCAUCACCGUUGGUUGAAGUUUUUGAUGAAGUCAAAUAUCUCUGUUACUAUCAAAGCUAUUGACUUGAAACUUAAAAUAGUUAUUUACUAUCAAAGUCUACACCAGGAGAAACAAUCCCCAUAACUCUGGUUUGAAUUUUGACAGAAUUAUGUCCCUUUUUAACUUAGAAUUUUUGGUUAAAGUUUUUGAUAAAGUCAAAUAUCUCUGUUACUAUCAAAGAUAUUGACUUGAAACUUAAAAUAGUUAUUUACUAUCAAAGUCUUCACCAGAAGAAACAAUCCCCAUAACUCUGAUUUGAAUUUUGACAGAAUUAUGCCCCUUUUUAACUUAGAAUUUUUUGUUAAAAGUCAAGUAUCUCUGUUACUGUUAAAGCUUUUGACUUGAAACUCAAAAUAGUUAUUUACUAUGACCAAAGUCUACACCAGGAGACACAAUUCCCAUAACUCUGAUCUGAAUUUUGACAGAGUUAUGUCCCUUUUUAACUUAGAAUUUUUUUUACUGGCAAAGCUCUAAUUCAGAGUCAAGCACUGAGAAAAGUCGAGCGUGCUGUCUUACGGACAGCUGUUGUUUUAUAAGAUACUAGAUCAAGUAUUGUAGCACUCUUUCUGGUGGCCUAUAUGGCAAUGACAUCAGUUAUGCCAUGUUUUAAUGACAAGAAACAUGAUAUGUCAUAUUAUGAUUUAAAUUAGUAAAUUUGCGAUAAGCUUAUGUUGCAAUAUAUGCUUGUCUAGUAUAAAUAUUUUCAGCGAAUGACAGCUCUAUUUUCUGUGUAGUAAUAAACAUAAUAGGGUGAUCUUUUUUUGUACAAUCUAAAAAAAUUAGUCAGUUAUAACAAAGACUGGGAAAAUAUUGUUUUGUUUAUAAUGUAUAUGUAUAGAAACAUUUGCAAAGAAAUUAAUUGUCUUCUUAGUAGAUAUUCAUGGAUAUUAACGGCUUAAAAAUUAAACAUGAAGUAUUAGACACUGUAGAUUUUUGUGUUGUUGCUUAGUAUUUAAUAGUCCGACUGGGAAGAAAAUAAGGAAGAAAAAUUUAAGUACAUCCUGGUAUAAAUAGUGGGUAUCUUUUUUUGUCACUGUUCAUAACUUGUUCAUAGUACAUUAAAUUUUGUGCUACAAUUAGGACAUGAAAUUAUAUACUUUUUCACCUUAAUGUAAUAGUCAUAUCAUACGUGAAAUGAAACAUUAUCUUUCCAAAUAACACAUUUUCCUGCAGCUAAAGAUAAUUCAUUAUACAUUUAACACUUUUUAGCUUUCCAAGGAUGGUUUCUAUAAACAGGGGAUAGUGGGUGGGGAGUAGUUGAUAUUAUGAGUUAAUUUAUUAAGAUUUUGAUGUAACAGAGUUGAAGUUAAACAGGGUUUUGACUCAUUUCAGUGACAGAGUUUAAGUUGUAGAUAGAAAGUAGAAAUCAUUUGAAUGUGAUGCUGUUGAUAUAAGUAUUUAGCUGAUGUAAAAAAUACAACAUAAAUGAUAUUAUGUUGUCAUUGUUUAAAUGUUAUAAUAAAUUACAAUAAUUGUCACUGUAAAUGCAAGGACUAAGUUGUUCAAAACUUAAAUUGGCUGGAAAAACUCUACAGGAAGCUUUCAUUACAUAAUUAUGAUGAGUAUGUGUGAUCUUGGCUGCCAGUGGCACACUGGAAUCUCUUUAGAACUGGCAAAGCAAAUGAAAUUUCCAAGUUUUGAGCUUUCACCAGACCAAGACAGUUGUUCAGAUUGGAAGGCUUUCCACUUGUCACAGGUUCUGGUUUUAGACAACUUAGAAUGUACUACAAAACAAUGUACUUGCAAUUUUGUUAUAUUUAUCAAUUUUUUGGGUACUGUUUUUCCAUUGAAUAAAGUUUUGAGAAACUUGGUACAUGUGUGUAAUUGUGGUAGACUAUUAUCUGAUAUUUGACCAUUUUCGAACAUAUUGUUAUGCUGCAUGUACUUUAAAUCAGUGAAUAUGUAGUGAAUUUUGAUGUAUUUUUGUUUUUCAAGAAGCAUUAUGCUUGUAUUAUUUUGUUAUGUAGACAGUUGUUGUUAUGUAGCUUGUAGAUACUGCAUUCCAUGUGAUAACAUGUAUGAUGUACUGUGGAACAUACAUAUUAAUACACACAUGACUCUUA